AUGUCUGCCUUUUCUGCCUCUGAAGCUUAUCUUAGGCAGUCGUCAAAAAUUAUCUCUUCAUUCAUAGCAAGGUUGAUGACAGCAGAGAAACCCGUUUCCAAAACCAUUCAUGAGGUGUCCGUGGAAGAAGUGUCUAGCUCCAAAUCAAGUCCUAUCGUGAAACGACUUUUCUACGCCCAGAGAUACAUAGAACACCAGUACAGCCAAGUGAAGCAUCAACAAAAAUUCUCCUGGUGGAACAGGUUCAUCUACGGCAGUCUGAAGAUCGAGUCAUUGGUUCUACGGUCGGAGGAUUAUCCAACAUGGUCGGAUGACGCGCUUUCUAUCCGUAACAGUCAUUGGUUGUCGUGUGCAGGCCUUAUCACCACAGAGAUCAUGGGAGCACUGCUGGUGCCGCAAGGAGUGUCUUAUCUGGGCUAUGUUCCCGGUAACAUCAUGCUUGUUGUGUUUUUCUCAUUUACCCUGGUAGCAGGAGGCAUUAUCUGGUGGCUGUUUCUGCUGUUUGACUCGCCCGAGUUCCCUGUCAAGACGUUUGCAGACAUCGCGGAGCUGCUUGGUGGAAAGAUCUUUAGAGAAACUAUCAUUUUUCUUCAGAUGGUAGCCAUGAUACUGACCGCAGCAACCAUUGUCAUCGGUGCCGUCGAAGGUCUCGAGAUCAUGCGCACCGAACGCGUGUGCUUCACCGGUCUGAUUCUGCUUAUCUGCGGGGUCCAGGCGGCCUGUGGUCAUCUGAAAAGUCUCAGUAAGCUCGGAAUCAUCUGUAUUGCCAUCUCCAUCCUCAACUAUGUGUGUUUGUUUGCCCAGCUCGGCUAUUUUGGCGAACCCAACUGGGAGAAUGCCAAGUCCGUGCUGGGAGUGGACCGUGGAACAGUGCACGCAUACGCGGUUGCACACCAGGGGUUCGUGGCCCAGCUGGUUUCGGUGACAAGUCUGUCUUACGUUUUUGCAGGGUGUCUUGUGUUCCCCGAGAUUCUCUCCGAGAUGAAAAGACCAUGGGAUUUUUGGAAGAGCAUGCUGCUGGCCCAGUCGUGCAUCCUGGUGAUAUACCUGCUGUACGGGAACUUUGUGUACGCCAAACAGGGCCAGUUUACGAAUUCGCCCGCAGUGCUGGGAAUUUCCGACACAGCGGCACUCCGAGGUUUUGCAAUGGUCACUUUCCUCACGGGAUACACACAGGGCACCUUCUAUGGUCAUCUCUCUGCUAAAGUUUGUUACAAAAAUUAUUUACCAAGACUGGUGCGCAAUCUGCGAUUCCAAUCGCUUCGGGGAACCUUGCUAUGGUCGGCGACAGUGAUCUGUGUGUGGGUGGUAGUAUUUGUCAUCAGUGCUGGAGUCCCAAACGUUAUGGCGGUGGCAGCGUUCACGUCUGCGCUCACCAUGAUUCCACUGACGUACGUCUUCCCGUACCUGCUGAACCUGUGGGCGGUGUUUGUCAAGGCGAGCGUGGAAAACAUUGGCCAUUACGACCCGGCAACGGGCGAGACGCACGAGUACGAGGCCAAGUUCAAACAGCUCUUCAAAAACGGGUACAAGAGCCACAGGUGGCAGACGUGGGUGCUGCUGAGCAUCUCUGCGGUGGCCAGCAUCUUUGCCGUCAUGGGCAUCGCGGGCUCUAUCGGAUACAUGGUGUUUGUGUUCUCCAGCACUGCUGCGCGGUCUUUUAGUUGUAAGUCUCCAAUUUGA